GUUUACAUUGUGCUGCGUCCUUUCCUACCCGGGCGUAUCACUCACUGAUCCAGUAGUGAGAGCUGCAGCGCGAGCUGCGAGUGGAUCUCUGGUACCACUGUAGGUAACGCGAAUUAAAGAAACUUUUUCUCAUCAACUUUUCUCAAUUGAACACACAUUAUUCUGCUCAAGUGCUUACAGCGACAUGCAGCAAUCGAAGACAGAUACAGCACCCAACAGUAGUCCAACUGUCCAGGAGCGACAAAGCCUAGGAUUGGAACAAGUGGCCAAUGGGACAUUGAAAAAAUCUACAGCCAACCAACAGCCAAUACACCAGGCACUUCAAGUUGCUCAACAACAGCAGAGUGGGGGGAAGUCCCAGAAGAGUUUGGAUAAGGAGCCAGAAACACAGGUGCCUGUGUCAUUGGCAAUGAUGACCUCUCAGGUGAUCACACCUCAGCAGAUGCAGCAGAUUCUCCAACAGCAAGUUCUAAAUCCCCAACAACUCCAGCUCCUAUUGCAGCAGCAGCAAGCUCUAAUGUUGCAGCAGCAACAGCUCCAAGAGUUCUACAAAAAGCAGCAAGAGGAGCUCCGACUGCAGCUCCUCCAACAGCAGCAACACACUGGCAAACCCAGCAAAGAUCAGCAGAUGAUUGUCCAGCAGAUGGCUGUCCAACAGCAGCUCCUCUCUCUUCAGCAGCAGCAUCUACAAAGACAGGGACUACUGACACUUCCGACCACAGCACUCACCUCACUGUCUCAUAGUCUGUUUCCUGCAGAGCUGCAGCAGAUAUGGAAAGAUGUGACAGAAGCUAGAUCAGAGGAAAAGAUCAAAGAUAAGUCAACCCUGCCUUCUAAACCUCCUGGUCUAAACCAGCAGCCCAGUACCAAUGGACACCACACACCCCGGCCAGUCAAGAGAGAGAGUUCACAGGAGGCUCAGUCUCAGAGCAAUCACCCACUAUAUAGCCACGGUGUGUGUAAGUGGCCUGGAUGUGAAGCUGUGUUGGGGGACUUCCAGUCAUUUCUUAAGCAUUUAAACAAUGAACAUGCACUGGAUGAUAAGAGCACAGCUCAAUGCAGAGUUCAGAUGCAGGUUGUUCAACAGCUUGAGUUGCAGCUAGCUAAAGACAAAGAACGUCUUCAGGCCAUGAUGGCCCACCUCCAUGUCAAAUCUACUGAGCCUAAGCCAACCCCACAGCCAGUGAACCUGGUUUCCACCCUCACUCUGGCAAAGACCUCUGCUCCAAAGCCCACUCCCUCUACGAAUCUUUCCCAGAGUGCCACAGCCCCUUCAACACCGCUUACAUCACUGCCUCAGACUCCCACUGUCAUCAUUCCCAGCAGCCUGCAUGCUCUGGGCCCUGUUCGCAAGCGCUACUCCGACAAGUGCAACAUGGCCAUGGACCAAGACAUUGUGCAGAAUAAAGAGUUUUAUUUGAGUGCUGAAGUCAGACCUCCUUUCACAUAUGCAGCUUUAAUAAGGCAGGCAAUUUUUGAGUCUCCAGAUAAGCAGCUUACACUGAAUGAAAUCUACAACUGGUUCACUCGGACCUUUGCAUAUUUCAGAAGGAAUGCAGCAACAUGGAAGAAUGCAGUUCGGCACAAUCUCAGUCUUCAUAAGUGCUUUGUUAGAGUGGAGAAUGUUAAAGGAGCUGUUUGGACUGUGGACGAGCUAGAGUUUCAAAAGAGAAGACCUCAGAAGAUUACUGGAUCACCCUCUUUGGUAAAAAACAUCCAGACAGGACUUGCUAUGUCUGCUCUUCAAGCAGCGAUGGUGGACAGUAGCUUGCCACUGUAUGGCUCAGCCUCUAUAGGGGGCUCCAGUCUGAAGGCUCUAUCCAAUGCUAUGCAUGAAGACAUGAAUGCCCAUGAUGAUGGUUCCCACAGUGACUCCAGUUUUGAUCUUUCUCCUGUAUCAGCUAUGCAUCAUGCUGGAAUUAAAAGUGAACAGAUGGAGGGCGAGUACCUGGAAGGCUCGGUGUCUCCAGAGAUGGACGAUGAGCACAGCCCGGACACCGAUAACGAGAUGAAUUAUCCUGAAGAGCACGAUUCACACACUCUUCAUUCCACUGAGUUUUCCUGAAGACCAAAUAAAAGCCACUUCCAGCUGGACUUA